AUGGCAAGCACUCCCUACACGUCUUACUCGCGAACGACCAUCGGCGGCCAGCCUUCUCCCUCCCCAACCGCUUCCUCGUUCUCGUCGCAAUCUUCGUCUCCACGGACAGCCAGACACAACCACCCCAAUAGCCCAUAUAUGCCAUCCAGUCCACCCCCAAAUGUCCCGGUCUACGGCCAACGCGCCAGAGUACCUUCACAGCUCGGUGUUUCGCGGGCAUGGGGAGAUCUAGGAGACGAAGAAGAGCUCGAAGAAAACAUACAUGAUGCAGAACGCAUCGAGGUGGCUGAUUCAGAAGUUUAUUCGCCCCCGAGAACGCCAGCACCUGUCACCAUCCUCACAAGCGACUACGACGAGGUGGACGCGCUUUUGCACGCUAUCUACGAGAAGACACAACAAGAUGCUUGGUUUGCGCCUGGACCUGGUGCUCUUGCUGAUGCCUCCCUUGGUGGUGUCGCUAUCCGAAUUUCUGCCCCAGUUAGCGUUACCGCUGGUGCAGAAGAUCUCAACAAAUCCAACAAUCCAUCUUCCGCCAACUCUGCCUCGUCCACUUCCGAGCAACAACAACAGCAAGCUGAAUUCCGUCUAUUUCCGUACAAUGCGCCACAUCUCGUUCCAUUCGAGGCAGCCGUUCGUGCACUUAACCCAGCCGGAGCAGUUCUCGUCCGCAAUGCCUCCGUUACAGCAGCGGUGGGGAAAGUCCCUCUAAGUGGCCCGUUCCUCGAUGUGGAUUCAGAAACUCGAAUUCAGGUCUUGAAUAGGAUGGGGGAUUUGCCUGGGGCGGAGAAGGAUCAACGUGCGGCUUUCAUUCGUAAUCCACCGUCACUCGUUCUGUGGUCUCCCCAGGUCGAAUUACUCUCCGAUCUGUUCGCCGAAUUUGAAGAAAAACUCUUCAAGCACAUAUGGCGCACUCGUGCCUCAGUCGCACCAAGCGUGGCUCGACGGGAGCGUGAGCGGGAUAGCAUGGCUGCCCCCGGAGUCUUAGCUUCAUUAUUCGGCGGUGCAGCGGGGACCCCAAUGAUAGAAGAAGAAGAGCCCAAGAUGAGCGACAUCGAUCUUGGGGCCGAGAAGGAGGCUGCAUCAAUGCCACCAAAUACCUCUUCGUCUAGUAAACCCGCGAAGCGUGGCUUCUUUGGGUGGUCAUGGCGACUCCAACCCCGUCCUUCGACCCAGGCUAAGGCAGAGGCAGACCCAGAAAAGGCUGGCGUGGAGAGCGCCAAAGAUCGCAAACUCGUUCUCCUUGGCCCCUUCUAUGCCGGUUGUGGCGCGGCUUUAGCGGCUUACUUCGUCUUCGCUGGUAUCUCUGUGCUUCUCGAAGAAUAUGCUUUGGAUGGUGAUCCUCGACGUUUCGCACUGGUCCUGACGCUUCCAGUCAUAUUCUGUGUUUCAAUUUUCUUCUGUCUUCAACUUGUUGGCAACCUUUCGCUCGUUCUUGGUCCAGUUGCCCAAUAUCACGAGAACUCGGCGUAUUAUUCAGCCGUCCGACCUGCCCCCAACCCCGCUGUCGACAACAACCUUCCUCACAUUACGAUUCAGUGCCCUGUCUAUAAGGAGAGUUUGAAGGAGACGAUCGCACCAUCCGUAUUGUCCGUCAAAAAGGCUAUGCAGACGUAUGCUCGACAGGGCGGUUCCUCGUCCAUCUUCAUAUGUGACGAUGGCAUCCAGCUCAUUGACGAAGAUCUGAGACGAGAACGUAUGGAAUUUUAUGCCAAUCACAAUAUCGGAUGGGUUGCGCGACCAAAACAUGGGAAGGACGGCUUCUUCCGCAAAGGCAAAUUCAAAAAGGCAAGCAAUAUGAACUACGGGCUUGCACUUUCGCUCCGUUUGGAGAAACAUCUCGCGGCUCUUGAGGCUUCUGGCGCAGUUGACACCGAUUCUGAGUGCCUGGAAGAUCGAGCAAUGCAGAUGGCCGUGGAAGAGAUCUACGAAGAAAGCGGGAGGCGACACAGACCCUGGGCUUGCAAUGGCAAAAGCUUGCGUGUUGGCGAAAUCAUCCUCAUCAUUGAUGCCGACACCAUUGUCCCCGAGGACUGCUUCCGCGAUGCGGCGAGGGAGAUGUAUGAGAGUCCCGACUUGGCUAUUAUCCAACAUGAAUCAGACGUUAUGCAGGUUGCCCACCAUUACUUCGAGAAUGGUAUCACCCACUUUACUCGACGAAUCAAUAAGUGUAUCUCCUACGGAUGUGCAAACGGCGAAGUUGCUCCGUUCGUGGGACAUAAUGCAUUUUUGAGGCAUGGCCAGUGGUCUGCUAUGCAAGACGCUGCCUUCAUAGAUCCUGACGACGGCAUUCGCAAAAUAUGGUCUGAGGCGAAUGUAUCCGAGGACUUUGACAUGGCUCUCAGGCUUCUUCUCGGUGGCUACACGCUUCGAUGGGCAACAUACUCCCAAGGUGGAUUCAAGGAAGGAGUGAGUCUCACUGUCGUGGAUGAGCUCGCAAGAUGGCAGAAAUACGCCUAUGGAUGCGACGAGAUUAUAUUCAAUCCGCUUAUACGGUGGUGGAGGAAAGGCCCGAUCAGUGAUCAGCUCAGAGGGUUUGUCUGGAGUCAGGCGCCGGUGCACUACAAAGUCGGGAUGAUGUCUUACAUGUUCUCGUACUACGGUAUUGCUGCCGCAACGAUUGGUUCAAUCAUGAACUAUCUUCUGCUCGGCCUCGGUCCAGAUCUUGACCGAUUUUAUCUCCACUCGUUCGAAAUCCUUCUUGCAUGCACCGUGGUCUUCCCCGGUCUCGGGAAUCUCGGCUUUACCCUGCUCGAAUAUCGUCUCGGACAAAGAAAUUUCUUCGCAGCCAUGGUUGAGAAUUUACGAUGGGUGCCAUUCUUCUUGUUUUUCUUUGGCGGCCUCAGUAUCCAUCUGUCGACUGCUAUUCUCGCGCACUUGUUCUCUUAUGACAUGCAAUGGGGAUCAACGGGAAAGGAAGUCGAACGUUCAACGUUCUGGAUUGAAGUGCCUCGAAUCUGGAAGGGCUUCAAGUUGACGUUCAUCAUCUGCUUCAGCGUUAUCGUUAUGAUGAUUGUUUUCACGUCCGACGCAGUCCCUUUUGAAUGGCAAAUCAAUGGCUGGAACUACGCCAUCAUCAUACCACUAUCCUUGGUCGUUGGUUGUCAUAUCCUGCUACCGAUUGUCCUGAACCCGUGGCUGAUGAUCUUCUCUUACUGA